AUGGGAUCCCCCAAAUUAGCCUUCAAGAUUCAACAAAUCUCUACAAUCAUGGAGUACUGCGACACAUUCAUUCGAGAAAAACACAUAGAUUAUAUCAUUAAAGUUGGAAAUGAAAAAGACACACUCACAGCGAUCGCAACCGAACACUUACGAAUGAGCGGUGCGUACUGGGGGCUGUGCGCUUUGGAAAUUCUGAAUGCUGGUGAUCGAAUGGACAAAGAGGGACUUGUGGAUUGGGUUAAACAGUGUCAGAAUGAGGACGGAGGAUUUGGAGGCAAUUUGAAUCACGACUCCAAUCUUGUGUACACGCUGAGCGCUCUCCAAAUUCUUGCAAUCUGCGAUAAGAUGGAUGUAAUCGAUAAAGACAAGGUAGUUUCCUUCAUUCUGUCUCUCUACCAACCUGAUGGUUCGUUUAUCACCGACAAGUACGGCGAAUUAGAUCUCCGCUUCAAUUAUUGCGCUGUCCAGAGCAUGGCCCUUCUCGGCAAGCUCGAAGAACUGGAUCGCGAGCAAAUCGCCAAGUACAUCUGCAGUUGUCAAAACAUCGAUGGCGGGUUCGGAUCCAUUCCCGGAGCGGAAAGCCAUUCAGGCAUGGUCUUCUGUGCGAUCGGAGCGCUCUCCAUUCUCCAUGAGAUUCAUCGAUGCAACGUCGAUCGUCUCUGCCAUUGGCUCGAUUAUCGCCAGGUGGAUAGCGGAGGCCUAAACGGCCGUCCCGAGAAACAGUGCGAUCUGUGCUAUAGCUGGUGGAGUUUGUCUGCGAUGAUCAUUCUGAACCACGUUCCACUCGAUAAGCAGGGAUUGAUCAACUUCAUCUUGAAGUGCCAGGAUCCGCGAGGUGGGUUGAGCGAUCGCCCGAUGGACGAACGCGAUUUGUAUCACACGUAUUUUGGAAUUGCUGGAGCGAUCAUGCUUGGAUAUUUGGAUGAGCAAAACAUUCCUUCGACGCAUAUUCAUCCCGCUUAUGCACUCCCCAUGCCUGUAAUUGAAAGAAUGGGACUAACUGCUGAAUUGUUAUACUUGUGUUUGUUUGGAGACAACGCAGAGUUUGCUUCUGUUGGUAGACAGAGGAGUAUGCUAUGA